GGCGAGGAGGCGGAGGGGGAGGAUGGAGGCGGCCACCGCGGCCGCCAAGAUGGCGUCGCCCAAGAGCGCGCCCAAAGACGCUCAGGUGAUGGCCCAGAUCCUGAAGGACAUGGGGAUCACGGAGUACGAGCCGAGGGUCAUCAAUCAGAUGCUGGAGUUCGCCUUCCGGUACGUGACCACGAUCCUGGAGGAUGCCAAGAUCUACUCGAGCCACGCCAAGAAGUCGAACGUCGACCCAGAUGACGUGAGAUUGGCGAUCCAGUGCCGCACCGACCAGUCGUUCACUUCCCCUCCCCCCAGGGAUUUUCUGUUAGACAUCGCGAGACAGAAAAAUCAGACCCCGCUCCCCCUCAUCAAGCCGUACUCCGGCCCGCGGCUGCCCCCGGACAGGUACUGCCUCACGGCUCCCAACUACCGGCUGAAACCCCUGCAGAAGAAGGUGUCGUCCUCGGCCGGCAGGAUCACCGUGCCGCGGCUCAGCGUCGGCGCCGUCGGCAGCCGCCCCAGCACCCCCACCCUGGGAACCCCUUCGGCCCAGGCGGUAUCGGUGUCGGCCAAAGUGGGGGGCCCCGUGUCCCUGGCCGGCCAGAGGUUCACGGUGCAGAUCCCCAACUCCCAGGCCUCCAACGUCAAGUCAGCCCUUCCCGCGAGCCCGGCGGUCCAGAACGUGCUCAUCAACCCCUCCCUCAUCGCAUCCAAGAACAUCCUGAUCACCACCAACAUGGUGGCGGCCACCCAGAGCGCCGGCUCCGAGCCCUCGGGGCCGCUCAAACGGAAGCACGAGGACGACGACGACCUGGACGGCCUGUGAGGGGCCGGGCCGCCGGGAGGCGGCACCUGCGAGGGGGCAUCGAGUCGGACGCCGGGUUAGUGGCGCGACGCAGCCGGGACCGUUGGGUUGGUUUUCGUCUGAGGGAGCGGGGAUUCCGACAGCCUUCGGCCCCGGGAAAUAAAGCUGCCGCCCUCCUCCUCCGCCCGUUA